AUGUCCAUCCUCUCUGCUCUUCUCUGCCUCGGGCUGAGUCUGGACCAGAUCAUCCAUGUGAAGGCAGGGACCCUCUCCAAAGCCACCCUCUGGGCUGAGCCAGGCCCUGUGAUCCCUUAUGGGAGCCCUGUGACCCUCUGGUGUCAGGGAACCCUGGAAGCCCAGGAGUUCUGUAUGUAUAGACAACAAAAGCGUGUGCUUUGGAAAACACAGACUAACUGGAAUCCCCGAGACAAGGUCAAGUUCUCCAUCACACGCAUGACAGAGCAUGAUGCAGGGAGAUACUACUGUUACUAUAUCAGAUUCACAGGCUGGUCAGAGCCCAGUGACCCUCUGCAUCUGGUGGUGACAGGAUCCUUCAACAAACCCAGCCUCUCAGCCCUGCCCAGCCCUGUUGUGCCCUCAGGGGGGCACGUGACUCUCCAGUGUGGCUCAGGGCAGGGGUUUGGCAGGUUCCUUCUGACUAAGGAAGGAGAUCACAGGUUCUACAGGCAUCUGGACUCACAAUCACAGCCCAGUGGGCGGUCCCAGGCCCUGUUCCCUGUUGGCCCCAUAACACCCAUUCAUAGGUGGACGUUCAGAUGCUAUGGCUAUUACAGGGAGAGGCCCCAUAUGUGGUCACACCCCAGUGACCCUCUGGAGCUCUUGGUCUCAGGUGAGUCUGGGAAGCCCUCUCUCCUGAGCCAGCAGGGCCCCAUCGUGGCCUCUGGACAGAACCUGACCCUCCAGUGUCGCUCUGAUGUCGGCUAUGACAGAUUCGCUCUGCACAAGGAGGGGGGACAGGACCUCCCCCAGAGCCUUGUCCUGCAGCCCCAGGCUGGGCUCUCUCAGGCCCACUUCCCCCUGGGCACUGUGAGCAGCUCCCAUGGGGGCCGGUACAGAUGCUACGGUGGAUACAACCUCUCCUCUGAGUGGUCGGCCCCCAGCGACCCCCUGGACAUCCUAGUGGCAGGACACCUGCCUGACAGACCAUCUCUAUCAGUGGUGGUACACAUGGGCCCCAGGGUGGCAUCUAAAGGAAUGGUGACCCUACGGUGUCAGUCACAGAGCUCGAGAGACACUUUCCUUCUGUCCAAGGAGGGGACAGCCAAUCCCCCCCUGCGUCUGAGAUCAAAGCGCCAAGCUCGGCAGUUCCAGGCAGAGUUCUCCUUGAGUCCUGUGACCUCAGCCAAUGGGAGCACCUACAGGUGCUACAGCUCAAACAGCUCCUCCCCCUUCCUGCUGUCACACCCCAGUGAGCCCCUGGAGCUCCUAGUCUCAGGAGGCUCUGAUGAUCCCUCCCUCCACACCAUGGCAUUGGGCCCACAGAUGGGAGCAGCUGGUCUCCUGGGACCAUCACAGAACAAGUCAGACUCCAAGGCAGCCUCAACCCCCCAAGACUACACCGUGGGGAAUAUCACCCGGAUGGGCGUGGCUGGCUUGGUCCUGGUGGUCGUUGGGGUGUUGCUGUUUCAGAACUGGCAGCCGGGACGGAAACCAAAAGACAACAAACCCACCACGCAGCGAGACAGAACUUUGGAAAUGGAUCUGAUGCUCCCAAGAGGUUCUGGAGAAUCACUGGGUCCUAAGGCAGCUCCAUUUUAA